AUGGCCGGUCAGAAAUUAUACCCUCGGGCGACGGUGAAGAAGAUUGUGAAAGCUCACUCGAAUUGCAACGUGAGCAAGAAUGCUGAUGUCAUGGUACCUCUAACCCCAACCUCAAACGCGUCAGCAGAGCUUCUAACGCAAAGGAACCAGAUGUUUCUGGAUUAUAUGCUCUUUAUGCAAACACUCAUGAAAGAGGCCGCGAUUGAAGCCAAGCAAGGCGGAGAGCGAGGCAUCACGGCCCGGAGCGUGAAGAAGGCCACAGUGGACUCGCUUGCCAAGUUUAGGGGAUGA